AAUGCAACACUGCUUGAAGUGUUGCCGUUGCCUCGCCCAGUGCCUGGUGGGGAGUCAUCUGAGGUUCCUGAGCAGCAAUCCACCUUCUGGACUGCAGGGGUUGAAGUGGCUGGGGUUGUACUCGUUACGUCUGGAUAGCUGCAAAGCACAAACAGUACAUUACAUGCCUAGGUUGAGAAAUAAAAGGCAGUGGCCGAAGAACUUAUGUUUAAGAAAGAAAUCUGGAGAAGUACACGGUUUGGGACUGCUUAGUGGGAUAAAAACAUGAAGGCACAUAAGUGGAUACACUUGAACAUAAAAUAUCUAUGCAUGCAUGUAUCUUCCAUAUAGAUAUUAAUAUCCAUAAAUUGAC